AUGAAUUUCACUACGGAGGAGCUGUCAACGUCGGCGUUGUCGAAACUUUUUGAUCAAAAACGCAAGAACAGCUUCUGCGACCUCACCCUGCUAGUGAAUGGACGUGUGGUGAAGGCGCACCGGAACGUUCUAUCAGCGGCGUCGCCCUAUUUUGAUUCUAUUCUGAAACAUCACCGCGUGCAGCGUGAACAACUCACUGUAACAUGCGGCGAUGCCGAUGUUUUCGAACGCCUUGUUGAUUACACCUACACUGGUCGCAUCCUGGUGGAGCGUGCCGGUGUCGAAGAGCUGCUGCGACUAGCCGACCACUUUCUCAUGACGAAAAUAAUCGAAUACUGCAUUGAGUUUCUCGGCACACAACUUGGUCAUGACAAUUGUUUGUUUACAUAUUAUCUGACGCAGAGAUUUCGUCUUAAACAAUUGGGUAGUUUGGUGGAGAACUGGAUUCGGACGCAUUUAACGCAGAUUAUUGAUGGAGAAGAAGGGGGCGCAAGGGCCGUGGGUGCCAACUGCCAACCUCCCUUCACGUGGUGCGCCCUGAUUUCGACAAACGAGGCUCUGGCGACCGAAUAUGAGGCGAGUCUAAUCUCAUGGACACCAAUAAACGAAAGAGUAAUAACAGCAAGAUUCUACACCAGGUUCAGAAAAGUAACUUUUAUCCAAUGUUACGCCCCAACCAAUAACGCUUCUAAAGAGGAUAAAGAUGAAUUCUAUGACAUCCUCGAGAAAACUAUAAAAGACGUAAACAGCGGUGACAUAAAAAUUCUCAUGGGCGACCUUAAUGCGAAAGUAGGCGCUCAAAACGAGAAUUUGGAAGAAAUUAUGGGAAAAAACGGCGUUGGGCAGAUUAACGAAAACGGCACAUACUUCACACAGUUCUGCUCCAACGCGAACCUGGCAAAGGAAAGAAUGGAUCAGCGAAAACACGUGGUUGCUGAUAGAAGACCGAAAGAGGAAAAACACCUGCUACUCCAAAAUCUUUCGCAAGAAUAUAGGGCAGCAGCACAGGUAGAGUACACAGGCCUUUGCCAAAAGGUCAAAAGGGAAGCCAGAAGAGACAAACGCAGGUGGAUAGAUGAUAUUUGCAGACAAGCAGAAGAAGCAAUGCUCAACAACAACUCGAGAGAACUUUACAACCUCACAAAGAAACUGGCCAAUAAGUACUCUACACGCACACACUUCAUUAAGUCAAAAAACGGCCGCCUGUUAGUUGAGUCAGACAAGCAGCUCGAAAGAUGGAGGGAACAUUUCUCCGACAUGCUCAGCGCAAACGAAACAAUUAACUGGGAGCCAGAGAAUAACCCAGGUAGACAACUGAACAUUGACUCGAACCCGCCUUCAGUCGCGGAGAUAACUGCAGCUAUAAAGACGCUUAAGAACAACAAAGCAGCAGGAGCUGAUAACGUUCCAGCGGAACUACUAAAAGUAAACGCCACAUGGAUGGCAAAUGAACUAUACCACUGUAUUAAGGAAGCAUGGAACAACAACAAGAUUCCGACCAAGUGGAAAGAAGGGCUAAUCAUCAAGCUUCCCAAAAAAGGUAACUUGACCGAGUGUAACAACUGGCGUGGCAUAACGCUAUUAAACACAAUUAAUAAGAUUAUCGCGAAAAUCGUCCAAACAAGAUUAGCGGAAACUAUAGAAAACACCCUGCGCCCGAACCAAGCAGGUUUUCGGCCGAAUCGCUCAUGCAUCGAUCAUAUCAAUACCCUUCGUAUAAUUAUCGAGCAAUCAGUAGAAUGGCGAUCACCACUAUUCAUCGCCUUCAUCGACUUUGAGAAAGCAUUCGACAGCCUGAACCACGACGCUUUAUGGAGGAUCCUUAAGUCGCGAGGUGUACCAACAAAGAUAAUAAGCAUCCUGCAAGAACUCUACACUGAUGCAAACUGCAGUGUGUUACACAACGGUGAAAAAGCGAAAGUUUUACGAUACACAGAGGAACUACAUACUAGCAAAGGUAGACCAGAACAGGGAUGGGUUGCGCUGGACACUAACCUCGCACCUCAGCGACCUGGAUUACGCCGACGACAUCUGCCUGAUGUCACAUACGUUCGAAGGCGUGAGCCGACAGCUAACAACAUUAGCAAGGGAGGCAAGAGCCAAGAACAUUAUAUAUAUAUAUAUAUUUGGGCACUACAAAAUGUCAGCGAACGUGAAGCUGAAAUAAAUAAUUUGUUCACCGCCAUCUCUUGGACCAAUGUUGAUCAUAAUGAAGUUUACAAACACUUAGAAGUGUGCGAAUUAUAUGGAAAAAGUGAAUUGUCUCUGUAUUACUUACUGCAUAAUCUUAUGAUGAAUAAUUUACUUUUGGGAAAUUUUAAAACGCGGUACGACGGGUUGCAUACUAAAUAUGAACAGAUGUUAAAAACAGAUGGUAAACUCGACCAAAAUCAAAAAAUUACAAUUGCUGAGAAAGAUGGGAUUGUGGUGAAGGCAAGAAAUAAAAACCGAAAGGAACAAUUAUUAGCUAGACUCCUCGCAGGACUAAAACCCAGUUUACGCACGGCCGCCAUUAAAGCCAUCCGGAAACAGAAUAAGAAGAUACAACUUGUGGAUUAUUUAACUGAUAAUAUUGAAGUUGAGUCUGAUGAUGAAAAAGUAGGUGUAAAAUGUCCGAUAUGUUCAGCUAAUAUAAACGACAGUAUGCUUCUGGAACAACAUCUAUCUCUAAGUCAUUCCAAGGAUGUAACAUACAAAUGCGGAAUUUGUAAUUUUGUGUGUCAAUAUCACGGCGACUAUCUAAAUCAUGCCAAGACGCACUUUUCGGGCCCACCGUUUAAGUGUGAUUUUUGUGAUUAUGAUUCUGAUAAUAUUGCUAAAUUGAUUGCUCACCGGGCCAAACAUCUAGAAGAUUCUGCUUUCCAAUGCACUUUUUGCUCAUUCAAAUGUCGCAGCAAACAAAACUACCUGUCGCACUUAAAAUUGCAUUCACCGGAGAAACUAUUCAAGUGUGAGCAGUGCACGAAAAGUUUCAAGUACAAACAUAACCUUGAUUCGCACAUGCUGACUCAUUCCAGCGAAAAAACUCUACAUUGUGAGUCCUGCGGGUUUCAUACAAAGUUUUUAAGUCACAUGAUUGCGCAUAAACGCAUACAUGCAGGUGAUAUGUAUCGAUGUUCUUACCCUCACUGCAAAUACUCAACAUCGAAGAAGCAGCAGUUGGUGACACACGCAAAAACGCACAACGGUUUGCGUCCACAUGCAUGCACAGUCUGCGGUAGAGGAUUCAUGGAGAAGAGUCAUCUAGUGCGGCAUGAACGUAUUCACUUGGAGGAGAAACCUUUCAAGUGUACGAGCUGUGACUAUGCGAGUUCUCGCCGCGAUAAACUGAAGGAACAUUUCACGCGGCAUCAUGGGGAGAACGCCAGUGCUAAGGUACCGUACAAGGCGCGCCCUCUACGAACUGGAACUGGCACUAAUCAAAAGAACGCGAAAAAUCAGCAAAAUCAACAAAACCAAGAACACACUGGUACAAAUAAUAACAAUACAAAUGUUAGUUUUAACACUGCUAGUAAUACUAGUAACAAUAAUACAACAAGUAAUGGCACAGCCGGUGCGCCUAAUACUAACACCAACGGUGAUAUACAAGAGUUAAUAAUGCACCAUCAUAAUCAAAAUGGCGGAGCGACUGGUCCUGCUUUGAAUGGUUAUCAUCACUUUGCUGAUCCUACAGACUUCCAUCAUUCACAUAAUCUACAACAACAUUUACAACAUCAACGGAAUGGUCAGCAUCAUAAUAAUAUGAAUCAUCAUCACAUGUUAGCUAGGACCAAUCAUCCAACAGCCACUUCGACAGCGGCGGCGGUGGCGGCCGCCAUGAUGCUAGAUCCUAGAUUUCAUCAUAAUUCAACGGUACCAUAUCCAACGUCCACGCCAGUUACAAUGGCGGCGAUGGCAGCUGCGCAGUCUUCGCAACAGAUUCAAGCGUCAUCCCAACACGUCGGGGAAUAUCCGCCAUCAUUACAAAACUGCAUGACAUUGUUCUAAACAAUUUUUCAAAGUGUACAACGACAUUUGUGGGUUUAAACCAAAACUUCCUACUAAUAUAAAAUUGUUGUUAGACGUAAAAUCCACAAUUCACUAUGUUCAUAUCUGAUUCUAGUCAAUUUUACAAUCGUACUAUCGGAUACAUUUAGAUAACUUUUGAUGUUCUAUGUUACUAUGUUAUCAUUAAAAUGAGAAUUUGACUUGUGCACUGUCGGCAUUGAUAAUACUUGAUAAAUGUGUUCAAUAAUUAAUAAAUAAAUGUUUUACGUUAUAAAAAUUAGAAA